AUGGCGUACUGCAAGAGCGUGGGAGGAGGAGGAGGAGGAGGAGCAUCUGAAGAGUCUUUCGCCAAAGGUAUCGGUGGGUCGAAGGAGGAUCACAUAGCAGAGAAGGUGGCAGGGGAGGUCCUGCGAAGCGCCGGAUCGCAGCCCUCGGACGAGGCUGGCAAGGAGAGCAACACUACCUUGUUCGAAAAGUGGAUCUAUGGCACAUCAGCAGCAGCGAAGGAGGCGCUGAAGGGGAAGGCGGCUCCCCCUGCAGGAGAGUACUCCAAGGGGAGGUGGAUAAGGACACUGAACAAUCAAGGGACGUGCUACCUGUACAUACACACCUCCACGUACCAAAUGCAGGGGACAAGGCCGGAGGACUUCGUCGAUGAUGGCAAGCAAGAGGAGGCUGAGGAUCCUUACGAGAACUUCCCCUCGUGCUACAAAGACGAUAUGGAUGACGCUAUUGCAAAGCUUUGGAAGUCCGGGAAGGUGCCUUUGCUGUUGUGCUGCGGGGACCAGGGGUACGAUGAAGUGAAGAAACUUCUAACGUCCAGUCCCAAGAAUCAGUUGCUAGACGUUGCCCCUUUCGUGAAGGGAGUCAUCGCUACUAAGAUCAAGUUCGCCGACCAUGUCGAGACAGCUCGCAAACUUGCGGUGCAGGCGAUGAAGGCAGGAGGGAUUCUGGUAAUCGACCUUUCGACUAUUGGCAGCCCAAACUGGAAAGAGAAGAUCUGCCAGGUGGAGGAGUACAAGAAGUCAUUUCCGAUCUGGGUCUUGGAUCCGAACGCCCACAAGGAGGUUGACAAGCACGGGCAGAUCUUUAGGAAGGAGGAGAAGAAGGACGUAGGAGACAAGGACUGGGACGAAGCGCUCGCCGAGUCUCUCCCAUCCUUCCGGAUCGUUUACCUGUGCGCGUUCGGUCCAGACAACUAUGAGAAGAAUGUGCAGAGUGAGAUGCUUCCGCAGGGGAAAUGGAGUGCUUUGAGAGUGAAACAAGAGUUUGAUUCGAAGAGUAUCAACCUCAAGUCUCUCAUCGACACUCUCGAUUCCAUCAUUCACGAGAAGGGCAAGAUACCCGUCAUCUCAGAUCCCACUGAGAACACCGACACCUUUUUCGCCUUUCAGAACAGCAACAUCAUUGAGAUGAAAUCUGUCAUCGUUGCCAAGAGCUCACAGGGUCUUGAGAGCGCCCUUGAGAAGAUGAGGCAGAAACUCGUAGCAGCGCUCAAAUCAGGGAACACGCUUGUCCUCCGACUGUCCAACUCUACUCCCGACCUUGAAGCGUACAAGUCCGACGAGUUCUUUCCCUCAAUCCUCUUCGACUGCCACGUGGAGGAGGUUGAGGAGCAGGCCGAAGAGCAAGUCUACGGUGGAUUUGGAGGGAAGGCGAGCGAAGGGCCAGGAAAGAACCGUCUCAAGACGAAGGCUGUGUUCGACGUGUGCGGGAAGGAAUGGCUGAACAAGCUCUUCCGUGAGCAGGACAAGGAGUCUGGCAUAGCAGUGAGUCGAGACGGAUUCAAGAUCAUCGUUACCACCAACCUCAGCCCGGCAGAGAUCAGCAGCAAACUCUCUUCCUCCCUCCCUCUCUCCAAGUGCAUGAUACUUGAGGUGAAGGAGUGAUGAUUAGUUUCAAUGAUUAUUUUCAAACUUCUUUAAACCAAGAGUUCGGUG